UAGUUUUGUAUGUGUGGUGCAACAAACUAAAAGAAAAAGAUGAGGAUAUAGAGAAAACCCCCAAAACACCGGAACUCAUCUCUCACUCUCAGAUUCUCUCCUUCUCUCUCUCUCUCUCUCUCUCUCUCUCAGAGAGAAAUAGAGAGUUUUUCUCAGGCUCAGAGCCUCAGAGUCCUCUCAGUCUCUCAGCAUUCCAUUUUUAAGGGGUCCAGAAGGGUUUCAAUACUCUCAGUCUGAGUUGUCUACCUUCCUCAGGAGAAGAACCCCUCCCUCACCUGCUGGCUUCUGCAACCCAACACCCAAAUCUCCUAAGCAGCUUUGCAGAAUGAGGAUCCGAAAGCGAUGGCCGCUUCCUAACCCUCCUCCACCCCCAUCUUCAUCAUCAUCAUCUCCUUCUCCAUCACUCGCAGUUACACCAGAAACAACACCAGAUCUCCUUUCUACAAGACCCCUUCAUCUUCUAUCUUCCUCAAAAUCACAAUCAGGUGUUGAUGGUGGUGGUGGUGAUGGGUUGCACCGCUUAGCUGAUCUCUCCGUUGUUCAAAUCAGGAGCAGAAUAUCCCCACCACGGCCUCCUGAUUCACCCAAUCCAACUUUCCCUCCACACCCCGAUCUGCAGCUGACGAUUGUCCGACGAACUAACGGCUGGAUUUGCGCCGGCACCGAGAAAGAUGCGAAGCCCGACAACAAGGGGGAUUCCGAUUGCUGCAAUUACAUGCACCCCACUCCUUCUCCCCUUACCCAUCUCGAGGAUUCUCAAGUCGAGGUAGUUGGCAUCACCGGCGGCGGAGGAGGAACUGGACGAGAACAUGUUGAGGACAAGAGUUUAACUACUGCAAACAAUCGGAGAAACGAGAAUAACCUUGGUGCAGCCACUUCACCUUCUUUGUCUCAUCAAGAAGGAGGGAGGUGGUGUGAAGGAGAGAAAGUGUUUCCAUUAAAGAAGAGAAGAGGGAGUUUUGAGAGGAAGAUAAGCGAGGAGAAAGAGAAGAAGAUGAAAACUAGAGUGAGAAGUAAGGUAGCAAAGAAAUGGGUUGAAGAAGACGACGAAACUGAGGAAGAAGAAGAAGAUAGCAGGGUGGUGGGGAAUGGUAAUGGUGGAAAGAAGAGAGGAGUGAUAAUGGAGGGUUCAAGGUGUAGCCGAGUGAACGGGAGAGGAUGGAGAUGUUGUCAACAAACACUUGUGGGUUAUUCUCUAUGCGAACACCACUUGGGUAAAGGAAGACUAAGGAGUAUGAGUAGUGUUCGAAACCGUGCUUCCACCAUUACUAAUAGAACUAAUAAGAAUGUUAAAGAAGAAGAAGAAGAAAGUGGGUUAACGUUGUUGUCGUCGUUGUCAUCUUUGUCUUCAACUACUACUAUUCAGCGUCAGUUAAGAGAGUGUACAGUAAUGUCUAGUGACAGUGCACCAAUACAAAAGAGGUAUUUGAUUGAAUUAUACUUUGAAAUUUGA